ACUUUGUACAUACAAAGGUUAGUCUUCCUACACAAACGGUUGGGAAAUGAUGUGGGUGAUCUGACAGAAUUUCUCUUCUCGCCGCACACAAUCACUGCCAUCAUGAACUCCAAGCCUCUUUUCUUCUGCCUCUUCCUUGUAUUGCUCAUUCUACCUGUUCAAUUACAUAAACAAGAGAAGCAUGGAAAACAUCCAAAACAGGAAAAACACACCAAAAAACCUGAAAGAAAGUACAGAAGACAUGAGGAUAUUCUGAAGGACCCAUUCUUUGAGAUCGUAGAUGAACCAGGUGAGGACGAUAGUGAUGACCCUGACUGGCUUUAUGAACUCCAAGAACCAGAUGGCCAAUGCAACCCAAACCCUUGCCUCAAUAACGGUGUGUGUGAGGAGAAGGGAAAGAGAAGGUUCAAAUGUGACUGCCCCAAGCCAUUCAAGGGCAAGAAGUGCCAGAAAGGGCCCAAAAGGUGUAAUAGGGGCACGUGUGGCCGUGGCGAGUGCGUGUUGACCUCUAAACCACCUUUCUACGCGUGCAAGUGCAAGCAGCCCUUCCUGCCCCCAGACUGCAAAUCACUUGCGGUGUGUCAGCCUAACCCCUGUAAGAAUGGAGGCUUGUGCGUCAAGGACGGCAUGGACUUUGACUGCCUCUGCCCAGAAGGCUUCAGUGGACGUUUCUGUAAUGUUGGCCCAGAUGACUGUUACAAGCUCAAGGAUGACGGGGAGUCAUAUCGCGGCAACGUGAGUGAGACAGAUGAUGGAGAGGAAUGUCUCUACUGGAACUCCCAUUUCAUCCUGGAGAAAGGCUCUGAUCCCUUCAAUGACUUUGAGGAUGACGAUGGACUAGGCCCUCAUAACUUCUGCAGAAACCCAGAUGGUGACACUCAGCCAUGGUGCUUCAUAAGAAGAGGGCGGGUGCUGCUGUGGGAUCACUGUGGCGUCAGGGAGUGUGCUAAGCCCACAGCCAUGGUCACAACAGAUGCUGGUCCCAAGCCUACGACUGGUCCGAAGCCCACUACUACAACUACUACAACUACCAAGCCUACUACUCGUCCCAAACCCACUACUACAACUACUACCACAACACCCAAGCCUAAACCAACACCGGCCAAACCCUCAGCAGGUCCAGAGAAACCUACAGCGCCAAAGCCCAGUGGAGUCCCACGACAGACCACAGCUAGCCCCACCUCUGAUAAGCAGUUCACCAGCUGUGGAAAGCCCCAGCCGAAGAAGGCCAUCACCAGGAUCUACGGAGGCUUGAAGGCCGUCCCUGGAGCCCAGCCCUGGCAGCUAUCCCUGCAGGUCCGACCCAAGGGCUCCAGCCAGGCAUACAGGCACAUCUGUGGAGCGGUGCUCAUCGAUAGCUGCUGGGCCCUGACUGCCGGCCACUGCAUUGAUCCAAAGGACCAGAUGCAGGUGGUGGCUGGGAGUCUGACUCUAGGAAAGGAUGUGCCCAUUGGGCAGACGAUCACAGUGGAGAAAGCCACACGGCAUGAGAAUUACAAGGAGACAUCCAGAGCUGUUUACAAUGACAUAGCGGUGCUGAAGCUGAAAGCCACAGAUGGUCGCUGUGCCAGAGAGAGCCAGUUUGUGAAGGCAGCCUGCUUGCCUAAUAGCACAUUCUCUGAUGGGACUGAAUGCACCAUCUCUGGAUGGGGCGCUACUGAGGACUCUGACAACGGCUCCAACCACCUACUGGAUGCCCAGGUGCUGCUGAUCAGCCAGGAGAGCUGCUCAAGCAGCAAAGUCUAUGGAAGCGCCAUAGACAACACCAUGUUUUGUGCCGGUUACCAGCAGGGAGGAGUGGACUCCUGCCAGGGUGACUCUGGAGGGCCGCUGACGUGUAACAAGGAGGGCUCCCAUUUCAUCUACGGCAUCGUGAGCUGGGGAGACCAGUGUGGGUUGAAGAACAAGCCUGGGGUCUACGCACGGGUCUCCCACUACCUUGACUGGAUCAAGUCAAAGACACAAGCAGCAUAGCUGGGCUAUGCCAGUCCAUAUAGUUGCAGGCAUUGAAAAGUUAGAUCACGGCACGGUAUUGGCAGAACAAUUCCGCAAUGCAUAUGCAACAUGGUGCUUUAGUGUCUUCUAGCGGUAGUUUAUCACAAAAACCCUGCGGUAGCAAGUGCUAAAAUAGGUGUCUCUUAAUUGGACCGCUACUGAGUAAUCAUUGAUUUAUAUUUUGAACAUAGCUGACAUGCUGUCAUUCCAGGAUAUAAAAUGACCGACGACUAUAAGAGAACAAAACCAUUAAACGUCCCUCUAUGGACCUUCCUGCAAAGAUGGGGAUUCUGAAUACUGUUUCUAUUAUUUUUUACAAUGGUAUUCUUGGAAAAACUUGUAGUGAUAAUGAGAGAAAACUAGGUAGUAAGUAUAGGUCUAUAAAAGGAAAGCACAGAACCUUUCAUGGUGAAUAAUAUGUGGUUUAAUGAUCAGUAGUAUACUUGUUCGUUUCAAGUACAAGUGGAGUACACCAAAGUCUUAAAAUAAUAUAAAACAGAUGACCAAAGGACAGAGGGACAUACAGUACACUGAGAGUCAGAACUUAGGACUGUGGGUGUUUAGCCUGGUCAAGCAGACUGACUGCUGCACUCACUUUUCGUUUCGUUUGACACAUGAAGUGAAGCAAAGUACGAGCUGUCACAAGACGCAGGCUGGUUUAACAAGGCUAGUGGGUGUUGUGCAGCCUCAGUGCUGCUAACAGACCUCUCUGAGUCAUCUCUUAGACAGAACAGGGUGAGUGGCUCUCUGUUCACAUCAAUACAGGGGUUAAACAUAGGGUAGAGGCCCCACACACUGCUGCACAGAAAAACGGUGGAGCAGGAUCAGUGUAUCUGAAUUAUAAAACAACAGCUCUCCCUUGUGGACGUCAGCCAUUAGGUCCAGCUUUUGGACUCCUUCCCCCUAAAGACUAACAUCUCAUGGGAGUCAUGACAUGUCAAGUACUGUCCAUGCCCAUGGUAGAUGCAGAAAGAUCCCUUGUUCACCUUGCUAAACCCAGGUUGGUCAAGUCCUGAGUCUGGUCCAUUCUCCAAUCUCUACUGGGGAUGGACCCAUUGGCUGCACCAAUCAGACAAUAGGGGUUCUCAUGGACAAUGACUUCCCAGUAAUGCAGGCCAGUGGAGAAGGACUCCUGUGCGAGGACACUGGAGUCAUAACACUCAUAUCGGUCCUUUCCAAUGGGCUGCGUGUUCCAGCACACCUGUAGCCUGUCCCUUGACACCUCCAGCUUCGGAUGGGAUGUUUUGGAGUCCAAUGUCAGUGUUCUUAGAUCUACAGAUAGACAAUCAUAGUCAAUGCACCAUGGAUAUGCAAUGCAUUAAAAACAUAUGAACAGCAUACUACUAUAAAUUAUACAUGUACGACCAUAAAACGUCUACAGUACAUGACCACAUACCAUUCAUUCCUAAUGCAGAUUCUCUUACCAAUGAAAAAAAAAAAGCAUCAAGAGAAACAAUUGCUAUGUGAAGGUCGGUUUCAAUGAGAAG